CCCAAAGCCAGUCAAUGGUCGUGCCAUCCUCAUACCUCAUGGCUUGCAGAUGGUCCCGGACCCAUGUCUUCGCUGGUGGAAGUAGGGUAUCGUUGAGAGAAUCAGAGCGCACGACACCGGUGAAGGAAAUCAAAAGAUGAUGAUGGUAACACACGAACAACACGAUUGAACGACUUUGACGCGUACCUUCACUAUGAACGAUGACUCUUCCAUGUCGACGAUGUUGCUAGCACCCCUUGGGCAGCUGCAGUCCGUCUCUCACGCUUUGUUUCUUUCUCUGUCCCAUGUCCAAGCAAAACCUCCUCCACCUCCAUCCCUAACGACAUUCAUCGCGUGCGACGAGGCCCUGUGUACUGCUGUGAAUCUAGCUCAAACACACCAGAUCAAGCAGAGGAAGAUAGAGGCUUUAAAGGACGAGAUACUAGCGCUGGAUACCCGAUGGCGCGAAAUCUGCGUAGAGCUCGAGGCUGGUAAGAAGGAACUGGAGGACAUGAUUGAACAAGGAGACGAGAGGCUGGUAUCUAUAGAACAAGCAAGCAAAGCGGCCAUCCCAUACCCUGAGCUGUUGGCAUACGCGCAAAGUCUGAGCGCGUUCACCUCUGCGCCCCCAAACAUGCCCGAUCUGACGCUUCCUGGUCAACCUCCGCCUCCCUUGUUUUUCCCUCCUUUUCCAAACGAGGAGAAGAUGCGUCGCGGACGCCUUAAUGCUGAAGCUCCACUGGGGAUGCUGGGAGAAACUCAUUCGAUGGGCAGAGCACCCACGGUUUCUCCGCCCAAGGCCGUUGAACAAUCCCAUGCACCGGCUGCGAAUCCAUACCGACAUGAUUUGCGCGCACCCCAACCUACUCAAAUCUUUGACCUGGACCUGGAUCUGAAUCCCGACUUAUGAACGGCGACUGACCAUACUGUACAAGGUAUUAUUACAAGGGUCCACUCUCCAUAUCCAAGAUUAAUCAAUGCUCAGAUGUUGUCACCAACCGGCUGUCUGGGUAUAAUGAGUUUCUUCGUUGAAGGAGGGGCACCGGCUGCAGCCUUCAACUCGCGCAAUCGAUCAGAAAUGCCGCCCAACGUGCGGGAAACCACGCUGCCGCGCUUCUUCUGAUCCUUGAACUGCGCUCCCCAUUGCUCCAGUUGAUUCCGAAAUCCAAGAUUAGGACACACAACAGUCCGUUUUGACUGAACAUAGACCAGUGCCUCGGUGGGCGUCAUUGUCGUGACCGCUACCAGAUACGCGCAUACAAUCGUGGCACUGCGGCUGAUGCCUUGGAAGCAAUGUACCUUGGGAGUGAAAUUGUAGACAGCAGCCAGAUACCAAUUCCAACGGUAGACAUACCAAAACGAUGUUAUCCUCGUUUUCCUCUAAUGCUGAUGAGAUGAAUUGCGUGGUGUUGACGAAAUGUUCCUGGAUGUUCGCCUCUGAACGAUCCGCAAUCGUGAUCUGUAGCCAUUUGUCUACGGGAUAGGGAUGUCUGGAACAUAUUCCAUGACAGACACAACAUGAGUGAUCUUGAGCUUCGCCAGUUCCUGUUCAUCUUUGGCGGUGAAUGCGUCCGAGAGGUAGAGGCGAGGGAUGAUGAGCGAUGCUUGACGGGUUUUUCGAGAGCGCGCAUUGAAAACGGCCGUAUUCCAACUAGGUGCGGCGAAUGACAGCAUUAUAGCAAGAGGCAAGAGCAAAUCGGUCUUGAGCGAUCGGUAUCGACAAACUGCCGUCUUGCAUAGUACACGUUCAUCACACGUUGAAGCACAAAGAUGACUACUCAAAAAUAGCUAUUCCUGUUCGUAGCUAGUUAUACAGCUGAGUGCACAUACGCUCGUCUCAGACUAGGCUUACUCAACUUUGAAGGCCCUUGUUCCUGACACGUGGCUGCUGGUGGCUGUAACUAACGUCAUGAUUGUCACAACAGUGACAGCCAUCCUCGUUCCCCACACCUGCAGCCAGUACUCAUGGACGCCGUGGAGAAAGCAAACGCAGAGCGUCAGAGGCGAUGGACUAAAGACCAGAAAAUCGGCGAAGGAACCUACGCCGUGGUAUAUCGAGGCCGAGAAGCGUCCACGAAUAGGAAGGUUGCCAUCAAGAAAAUCAAAGUGGGGCAAUUCAAGGAUGGGCUAGACAUGUCUGCCAUCCGUGAGGUGAAAUAUCUCAGGGAGCUCAAGCACCAGAACGUCAUUGAAGUACCUUCUCGAUGUUUUCUCCUCCAAGACGAAUCUCAAUCUUGUGUUGGAAUUUUUGGACUCGGAUUUGGAGCCAUUAUCAAAGACCGAACUCUUGUCUUUCUUCCAGCCGACAUCAAGAGCUGGAUUGCGAUGACAUUUCGAGGGCUCGAAUUCUGUCACCGCAACUGGAUACUGCACCGUGACCUGAAACCCAACAACUUGUUAAUAGCCUCAGACGGCCAACUCAAGAUCGCAGAUUUUGGUCUUGCACGAGAUUUCGCGGAUCCUGGACACAAAAUGACUUGUCAAGUCAUUACUCGGUGGUAUCGACCCCCUGAGCUUCUCUUCGGUAGUCGCUAUUAUUCCACUGCGGUUGACAUCUGGUCCGUCGGAUGCAUAUUCGCGGAGCUUAUGCUUCGCACGCCCUAUAUGGCUGGAGAGAGCGACAUGGAUCAACUCAAGACGAUUUUCCGCGCCCUUGGGACACCCACCGAACAAGACUGGCCUGGACACACAAAGCUUCCGGACUAUGUCCCGAUAGGACAAUUUCCCAAGACACCUUUGCGAGACUUGUUCACUGCCGCAAGUGCCGACACCCUGAACCUUCUUGGUCAAUGCCUCGUCUACGAACCCCGCAAGCGUCUCAGUGCUAAGGAUGCUCUGAACCACGCUUACUUUUUUGCCUUACCCUACCCUUCCCAUCCAUCUAAACUCCCCAAAUGUGCUGCCCAAAUCACCGCUGCUCUUCCUUUAGAAGAGCUCGAUGGCAACAUGCCGAACAAGCCUAAUAAACUGAAGCGCAAACUUUCGCCGUCGUCAGCAGAGAGCGCCAAAACUCGUUCGGUUAUCGCAAGACGUUUAGAUUUCACAAAGCCGACGCCCGGCUCAUGAAUUCUCGGUCGACUGUAGUAUCAUAUGUGUAUCUUGAGCCAUCUAUCUGUAAUGAACUGCUCAGUCUGCUGUCAGUCAUGAGUGUGGAUGAUUAAGCACGAUCAUCCCACGUGACCGCGUUUC